UGUCCCCCAGAACUGGACUGGUGUUGCGAUAUCUCAGAUUUUUUUAAAUGAAUGUUUUAAUUCAGUGAUAGUGACAGUGAAAUAUGCAUAUUUCAGGGGACUUUUGUUUUGAAAUGCCACAUUAGAUUUGCGUGGGACCACGUUGGUUGGAGACCUGGGGAAGCGUAGUGUCCCCCAGAAAUGGACUGGUGUUGCGAUAUCUCGUCGAUUUGUUUUAAUGAAUAUUUUAAAUCAGUGUUAAUGUCAAUAGAAUAUACCAAUUUCACAGGACUUUUACUUUGAAAUGAAAAAGUAUAAGAAACAUUUUGAAAAAGAAAGAAAGCUCACACCAACGCCGUAAUUUUAUCGACCGAAUUUGAAAAUUCCCAUAAAAUUAAUGUAGUCACCAGAUCACCUACAGCUCCCUUUCUGGACACCUUGCUGUCAUGUCUGUCUAUCGAUCAAGUAAUAACAAAAAAUAUUUAUUGAAAACAUACUUCUGGUCAACGUAGGCUAUAACGCGACAAAAUCCUCGACUUUUCUUGUUUUAAGACAGAUAAACUUUGAGCUUUUAAUACUAUCAAGCCUUUAUGUCGUAAAAUUACAAGUAUUUUCUUGUAGUUCGUGUGAACUCACGACUUUGUUCGUGCACAUUGGCAGAUGUUGGGUUGCAAAUGUGCGACUUUAAUUUUAGUAGUGACUUUAUUAACAUAUAUAUUUUUCUCAAUAUUUAUUUGACUGCGACAUCGAAAGUACUUCCGGGUUGAACAGCUUCCGUGUUUAGUAGCUAACAAGAGCCGGCCGCCGUUUGGUAACGUCAUUAAUGUACCCGAGAUGAAGUCUUCUCCGUGCUGAGUUUGAUACGACCAGCAAAGAUGCAAAGAUGAUCGUGAUUGGUCAAUCCCAUUUGUGCCAGUCACAGGGCAGAUUCACACCGAUGAAUGAUUUAGUCUUCAAUGAACCCAACGUGCAUUUUUUCGGAAUGUAGGAGGAAGCUGGAGCACCAUAAGAAAACCCACUCAAGCACAAGUCCACGAUGUCAUUACCAGAGGAGUCGGCGGCUCCCAGAAAAGAGCGCGAGAGGGGAGCGCGGCCAAAGGUACGGCUGAGUCGUUCAGAGGAGAGACGGGGCACUGGCGGUGGGCAGAAAGGUGCUCACUGCAAGAGGAAAGGCUUUACAGCACAUGAGCUGGCCGGCGAACGGCCUGUCAGCGACGGUUUUGAGUAUGGGGAUUUUUUAAAGGAGCUGGAGAGCAGGGACCAGACCGGCCCGGCCAGCUCCUUGUCUUCCCAGAGAGUGGUCUGCCGACGUCACGGUAAGGAAGCCUCAUUACUGUCAGAAGAGCGGACAUCCAGUCCAGUAUUGGGAGCAGUUAACUUUUGCGCAGAGUCGACAGCCACUGAAGGCAGCAACAGCAGUCGCACACUCCGGCAAAAAAUUCAAGAUGCAAUGGGGCAGUGUUUCCCCAUGAAAACGCACAGUGGAGCGAGUACGCCGCCGCUCCCUCACGUGUUCUCCCUGUCAGCAGGCUGCACCUCCUCCAGGCGCAAGAUCCACCUAAGCGAGCUGAUGCUAGACAACUGCCCCUUCCCGGCUGGGUCGGAGCUAGCUCAGAAGUGGCACCUCAUAAAGCAGCACACGGCGCUCGACACCGCCGUGACGUUCCCGGCGGACGAUGUCGAUGACCGGCUGAGGGAGCGGCGGCGCAUCAGCAUCGAGCAUGGCGUUGAGCCGCCGGCUAACGCAGAGAUCCACACGCUGGAGGUGACGGCGCAAGCGAGUGCGGCCCUCCACAGGCGCCGCGGACCCAAGCUGGCGCACGGCCUGAACGAAGCGGGCGGCGCUGAGCAGAAGCAAUUUCUCCUCCAGCGGCAACACCAGCUUCUUCUGCAGAGCUGUCUGGACACUCUAGAUGAGGUGGUGGCUUCGUCUUCCACGUCAUCUUCCUCCUUCGAUGUUAGUGCUCCCCCUCCGGUCGACUCAGAAGCGCCCCCAAGAGCCACGCAUCCCCACGCCAGCCCACAUGUCCAUACUCAAAUCGACUACAUCCACUGUUUGGUCCCCGACCUGCUGCAGAUCACCAACUUGCCUUGUUACUGGGGCAUCAUGGACCGCUAUGAGGCCGAGGGACUCCUGGAGGGCAAGCCCGAGGGCACCUUCCUGCUGCGCGACUCGGCCCAGGAGGACUACCUCUUCUCUGUCAGCUUCCGCCGCUACGGCCGCUCGCUGCACGCCCGGGUCGACCAAUGGAACCACAACUUCAGCUUCGACGUGCGCGACCCCAGCGUCUUCCACGCGCCCACCGUCACGGCUCUGGUGGAGCACUACAAGGACCCCAGCUCCUGCAUGUUCUUCGAACCGCUGCUGUCCUUCCCCAUGCACCGCACGCAGCCCUUCAGCCUGCAAAGGCUCUGCCGUGCCGUCGUCAGCAGCUGCACCACCUACGACGGCAUCAACGCCCUACCCGUACCCAGCGCUUUGAAGAAGCACCUCAAAGAGUACCAUUACAAGCAAAGGGUACACGUUCACAGGCUGGACAGUUGGUGGGAAUGACCAUCAACAACAACUACUCACCAAGCUGUACUUAUUUAUUGUACUGUAUAUCCUCAUGUGUACAUUCUAACUACACUGACGAGAAUAUGUAAACCUACUGGUUGUUUCUGAUAGAAUAAACCUACUGAAUCUAUGUGUUCUGCAUGUAGCUGUGCUAUUUUAUAUGAUAAGUGGUGGUCUCCAGUGUAGUGUUCCCCAACUAUUAUUGAGCCAAGGCAAUUAUUUCAUGAGAAAGUAAUCACAAAAAUGUAUAUAUGCUUUAAGGUCCCAUAUUUUACCAAACUGACUUAUAUUGGCUUAUAUGGUGCCUCAGUAAAUGUGAAAUAUGAAUGAAAAUGGUCUACGCAUUCCUGUGCACCUUUAUUUUUUUUCCUGCUGAGAGGCCCGAAAUCAGAUCAUUUGAAUGUCUUAAGCUUAUCUCCUUGCAAAGAUCUCCCCCUUACCUUUCCGAGACAGCGCUGUCAACAUGACAAACAGGUGUGCUCUCACAAGUGGGUCUUCUACAUAGAGGCAACCAAUCAGGAAAGGGGGUGGUCUUAGCCAAAUAUGGACAAAGCAGAGUCAAACAAGUAGCGGUAAGAGGAGCCUUCUCUGGACACUCGUAUGGCAAAACCAAGGUGUUUUUGAAAGUGAGACUUUUAUACUAAAUCCAUUGCAGAGUGUCACUACGGAGGUCAAAAUGGCCAAAAUAUGGGACCUUCAAGUAAUGAUGAUCUCGUCUUAAUUUACUCAAGUAUUUUGACAAUAAUAUUUCUCGCUCAUCACCAUGGUGGUGCUGCAGUACUGCUCUCAGGAUAUAAACAUUACGGGAAGCCUAAAAUAAAUAGAGUGAAACCUUUCAAGUCAUUCAGCCAUCCAUUUUUCAAUAGCGCUUCUUAGCAUUAGGGUUGUGGAUGAGCUGGAGACUAUCACAGCUGACUGGGCAAGAAAAGCACGUUAAACCCUGAAAUGGUCGCGGAUCUGGUCACAUGUCACAGUCAAAUCCACAGACAUCUAAAGGAAGCCAGAGUAAAGACACGCAAGCUCGGGGAGAACUUGCAAGUUUCUAACCAAGAACUGUGAGGCAGAAGUGCUAACCACUAGUAUCCCAUGCUGCCCUACAAUUUGAAUUUCAAUAAAAAAGUUAUGGAAUAAAAAAUAAAAAAAAUAAUGCUUUAAAAUGACAGGGGGGGAAGUGUAACAAUAACCAUAGAUGAGGAAAUCCAAAACUUCAAAGUAAAUGGCAUUACCCAUGAGAACGCCACUAGGUGACAGUAUAGCGCUGCAAACCCCAUCCUGUCCCUUGCUCGUGUCUUGUCAGGCAUUUUCACAGUAACUUAGUUUUUAUUAUACAGUGGUUAGGACGUUUUUACACUUGCAUUACAGUAAGCAAUGUUAAAAUGUUACCUAAACACUUGCCUGUACAGUUAAUAAAGAUUUUAGUGACAUAUUAAUUCACUUUACAAUAUUACAUUAUUUCCCAAGGGAAACGAAAAUAGGCUUUGCCUUUUUCAUUUUUUUAAAAUUAGAACAACUUGGGAGCUAAGCAGAACUGUUUUGACU